CGUGCGACCCGGUUUCCUCAGUCUCUUUCUGUAAUAGAGAGUCCGGUGGAGAAGUUCAACUCGAACCGCUUGUCACUUAUCAAACUCUUCGAAAGGAAGGUGAAAAGCCCUGUCAUCGCUUGUUUUCUCUGAACACCUCAGCAGCAUCACAAUGAGUGGACUUCAGGGACUCGCCCAGGAAAACAUCUGGUUUGACAAGUCCAGAUACGAUGAGGCCGAGAGGCGCUUCUAUGAGGGCGUGAACGGCAUCCCUCAAACAUCUCAGGAGAGAGAUGCUAGUGCCAUCCUGCAGGACAUUGCUAAAGCCCGACAGAAUAUCCAGCAAUCCCUAGCCGGAGUGAAGACCGCCCUACAGGGUAGUAAAGGGCACGCUCGUGCUCAAAAACCACGGGAGAGGAAGACCAGUCAGAAUGCCAGUAAGUCUGAGGAUCAGAGUGAGCUGGUCUCUCGUCUGAAGAGUCUGGAGCUGGACAACAAGAAUCUGCACAAAGUGGUGGAUGAUCUGAGAUCCAUGCUGUCUAAACUGGAAUCCAGAAUGGCUGUGCUGGAGAAGAGCCAGACACCGGCUGCAAAGACUGUUACUGUCACAAAGGCUGCUCCUGUCCAGAAACCCAAGGUUGAGGAACAUAACGGUGCUGACGACGACGACGACGACGACAUUGACCUCUUUGGCAGUGAUGAGGAAGAUGAGGAGGCAGAGCGUAUCAAAGAAGAGAGGGUGAAGGAAUAUGCCCAGAGGAAAGCCAAAAAACCAGCCCUCAUUGCCAAAUCCUCCAUCCUGCUGGACGUCAAACCCUGGGACGACGAGACUGACAUGUCCAAGCUGGAGGAGUGCGUGCGCUCAGUACAGAUGGACGGCCUCCUGUGGGGAGCUUCUAAGCUGGUUCCUGUCGGCUACGGCAUCAAAAAGCUGCAGAUCAACUGCGUGGUAGAAGACGAUAAAGUGGGAACAGACCUUCUGGAAGAAGAGAUCACCAAAUUUGAGGACUACGUCCAGAGUGUCGACAUUGCUGCCUUCAACAAGAUCUGAGCCUCUCGCCUCAAAGAAACCACCUCACACUGGGUUACUGCUGCUUUUAUAUCUCACGGUUACAUUAAACUGUUCAGCCACGUAAACCAA